AUGUCGUCGAGACCGACUAGCACGACGUCACAGUCACAGAGCGGAUGGACGCAGACGUUGAGCAAGGCUUUAACAAGUGGCAGCGACUGGAGUGACAAGGACGAAAUUUUGGAUGUUCUCUAUUGGGGGAGACAAGUCCUUGCGCUUUUAAUCGGGAUCGUGUUCGGCGUAGUACCGAUGCAUGGAAUCUUCGCGUUGGGCGGAUACGUCGCGAUUUCGACGGUAUUGGCUCAUCAGUUCGUCAUAAAAUACCAGAAGCUUGAUGAAGACUACCUCGGCGGCUUCUGGGAAAUUGCGAAGGAAGGAUUUGGAGCGGCGUUUGCUACAUUCAUGGUCUCCUGGAUAACCGUCUAUUCGAGCCUACACUCUAAU